UCAUUUUGUAGUUCUGCAUUUUUUUCCUUCUAAAUGUAGUACUUUGCACUUAUAUUUACUGAAUUUCCUCUUAUUGAAUUCAGAACAAUUCUCCAAUUAGGGAAAUUAGUCUGUCUCCUCAACUAAGUCAAUGACACAAUAAAAAAUUGGGUGAAGCAGGUUUAGAACAUUUAUUGAAUUAAUUGAUGAUACAGCAAUAGAGUUAAUCUCCUUCAGAUUGUAAUGAUGUAAUAUAUUCUUUUUUGUUUUUGCCCUAGACACAAUCCAUGGCAGACACAGAGCAGGGAAAUCAAACAUCUGUCACGGAGUUCAUCCUCUUGGGAUUCGGGGAUCUUGUUGACCUCCAGAUCCUUCUCUUUCUGCUGUUUCUAGUGAUCUAUAUUGUGACUGUCACUGGGAACAUCCUCAUUGUGGCGCUAGUUGUGGCUGAUCAGCACCUUCACACCCCCAUGUACUUCUUCCUGGGGAACCUGUCCUGCUUGGAGACCUGCUACACCUCCACCAUCCUGCCCAGGAUGCUGGCCAGUUUCCUGACUGGGGACAGAACCAUUUCUGUCAGUGGUUGUAUUGCACAGUUUUAUUUCUUUGGUUUCCUAGUGACUGUUGAGUGUUAUCUCUUAUCUGCAAUGUCUUAUGAUCGUUACUUAGCCAUAUGUAAACCACUCAAUUAUGCAGCCAUCAUGAAUAAUGCAAUUUGUAGACAACUAGCAUCUGGAUCUUGGAUGACUGGAUUCUUAGUUAGCAUCAUCAUCAUAUUUUUAAUAUCAAAAUUAACAUUUUGUGGCCCCAGUGUAAUUGACCAUUUCUUUUGUGAUUUCACCCCAAUAAUAAAGCUAUCCUGCAGUGACACCCACAUGAUGGAACUUGUCACUUUCAUGCUGACAUUUAUAACUACCCUGCCCCCAUUUCUAUUAACCCUGGCAACCUAUGUUUAUAUUAUAUCUACCAUCCUGAGAAUCCCUUCUACCACCGGGAAGCAAAAGGCAUUUUCCAUCUGCUCCUCUCACCUGAUUGUAGUUACAAUUUUCUAUGGGGCCAUAAUGAUUGUCUACAUGCUGCCAAAAACUGACACAUUGCGAGAUCUGAACAAAGUGUUCUCUGUCUUGUACACAGUUCUGACUCCACUGGUCAACCCCCUCAUCUACAGCCUAAGAAACAAAGAGGUGAAGGAGGCCCUCAGAAAAGCUGUCAGGAAAUGUUUGGCUUUCACAAGAAUGUAGCAAAUUAGAUUGAAUGUUAUGAGGUUAAAAUGAAAU